GAUUGUCGUCCCAAAUCAGGACUAACAUACCCCACCUCCCCUUCCCAACCAUGGGCAAUAUUCCGUCCGCCAACAGUCAGAACCGCAUCUCCAAGGACCGUGAUCACAGGCGAAAGCGAACCCACGCCAGGCCUUCCCUCAGAUGCGCCUCACCGUCCUCAUCGACGCACAGCAUAGAGCCAUGGCCAGAUACUGAUCUUCUCGUCGUCGACGAAAAACAACGCCAGGGGCGGACAAGCCCUGUCCUCCAGAGGCAGAAGGCUCCAGAGACGGCCUCAACGAAUGCACGGCCAGUUUCAUUCCUAGCAUAUACCUCCAUCCCCAAGCCCUUGAACCACGAGGAGAACGACAGCAUGUACCAGGAAUUCAUCCGAGACUACCCUGAAUAUCGCCUUACAUGGAUUCUCGAUACACUGCGACGAACAGACUUUUCACGCCUCGAACGGAAUGAAGAGACCUAUGUGGACUAUAUGGGUGCCUCGUUGUAUCCAGAAAGCCUCGUCAGGGUCCACGCGGAGUUUCUGAAUAACUCGAUCUUAGGGAAUACCCAUUCUGUCAGCAACAGCUCCAAGCUAUCGUUGGAUUGCGCCAACGAAGCCCGACAGGCUGUGCUCGCCUUCUUCCAGGCUCCGCCAGAGUAUACCGUUAUCUUCACGGCCAACACGACAGCCUCGUUAAAACUGAUCGGGGAAUCCUACCCUUUCCUUGGAGGUAGCUCCUAUGUCCUGGCGAUGGACUCUCACAACAGCGUCAACGGCAUCCGUGAAUUUGCGACUUACCGGGGUGCCCGAUGCGCGUACAUCCCAUCACUGUCAACGGGCGGCUUUGAUAUUGCGGUGGCAAAGAACACGCUCCUACGACAUCGACCUCGAAAUAGGGAGUUAACUCCUAGCCUAUUCGCGCUCACAGCUCAGUCGAAUGUGACAAAUACCAAGAUGCCACUUUCCAUCGCUGAAUAUGCAAAAUCUUUGGGAUACCAUGUGAUCCUCGAUGCAGCCGCGUUGGUCCCAACAACAUCAUUCUCCCUGGCAGAACAUCCGGUGGAUGCCAUGGCCGUGUCAUUCUACAAGAUGUUUGGGUUCCCUACAGGCGUUGGGGCGCUUAUCGUGAAGCGCUCUUUUCUGGCAGAACUAAAGCGACCAUGGUUCUCUGGGGGCACAGUCAACAUCGUCCAAGUCCCAGGAAACCUGGUCACCUUGUCGAAAGAGGAACACGAACAAUUUGAGGAUGGUACUAUCAACUAUCUUACGUUACCUGCGAUCGUAGACGGUCUCCGGUUUUUGACGGCCUAUAUGCCCUUCCUUCCGCUACGACUUUCCUGCCUGUUGCACUAUCUCAUCUCGUCUUUAACCCGCCUGAGACACGACGUCAACGGCGCCCCGCUCGUUCAGAUUUAUUCGAAAAUCCCCUCUCGUCGGGUAAUGACUAUCGGCGAGCGGGCGGAAACAGGAUUUAUGGUUUCGUUCUUGUUCUUCGAUCCGGCAGGCGUCAUGAUACCAAACUCCUUCAUCGAAUAUACGGCAUCGAAACAAAACAUCUCGCUCAGAACAGGCUGUGUGUGUAACCCUGGGGGGACUUCUUCUAUUUUAGGAGCCAUCGACGAUAUGUCGCAACUGUACCCAGGUGUCACGCUACAGGAAUUCGAGCGCAGGGUGGGACGAGAGCUGGGAAUCGUUCGAGUCAGUUUAGGACUGGCAAGCGAUUUCAAAGAUAUCCAACGGGUGAUUCGAUUUGCAACAGCUCUAUGCAACUCUCAGAUUCGGGAGUCCCUAAUGGACGCCUGGAGAAAGGACAGGGACGCUUCCGGGAGCAGCCACUAAUCAAUCCAUCCGUCGUGCUAGCGAUCUUUUUUGUUCCUCUCUUACUCUCCGCUGUACUCCUCACGAACCCCAUCCAGGUUAUGCAACGUAAUUACUCGAUACUCACGAACCUUUAUUUCUCCCCUCUUCUUCUUCAGGAAUCUUCAUUUGUACUAGUACACAUCCCAUACCACUCAUUAUCCAUCAUAUAUGGUUCCAGCAUUGUCGGCUAUCGGUACCCUACAAGCAAUCUAUUCCUGAUACGUC